CCAGUGCCGUGACGCAGCCGGUGGCAGAUCGAUCAUGCUCCAUGUUGGAGAGUAGAAGGCUCGGGGCUUCGGCGCAGGUCAUGGUGUCUCUGGAGCUCGGUUCGCUCGCUCGUCUCCUCGAUUGGCAAGAUUUGGUGGGUGUCAUCUCUGCAAUACUGUUCUCUUUGGAUCUGCCGAGCCUAAUGACCCGAGAAGCUUGGCGCUUUUAUCUCGUGGAUCCUUGAAGAACUUUGUUUCGAUGCGGCAUCCCGUCAUCAUUGCUAUGACAGAACGAAGUCCAUAGCAAAGUUCACUAAAGAUUUUCAACAACUCUUCUUAUCCAACGUUUCCAAAGGUUUGGCAGCAUGACGCAAGACAUGGCUUGGGAAGGGCCAAAAUGGCUCUACGCAUUUCUCCUGGGAUCAUGCGCUCUCCUUUUGUACGGACAAUCUUCCCUGGCUACGAAAGCAAAACCUACCGAAAAGUAUUUCUGGCAUUCGCCUCCGGCAUUUGUGGAUUUCCAGCGGAGAUUUUUAGGCGUUUUCUUUCUAUUUACAUUGACAGAAGGGUUGCAGAGUGUAUAUGGGGAGGCUGUGUAUGAGCAUUAUGGUUAUGCAAGGCGUGAGAUUGGCAUUCUUAUCGUGACGGUUCAUGCAAUUUCCCUGUUUCUCGGGACAUUUUUGGGAGUGGCAGCAGAUUGUAUAGGACGGAGAAGGGCAACCAUCUUUUGUGGACUUCUUCAGCUCGUUGGCUGCUUGGCCAGACAAUCUAGAAAUUUUUAUGUUCUAUGUCUGGCAAGCGUAUGUCAAGGACUCGCGAUAUCUCUCUUUCCCACUGCCUUGGAGGCCUGGUUGAAUGCAGAGCAUGAAAGGCUUGGAUUCAGGCAAGAAUGGUUGAGCAGAACUUUUUGGGUGAUGGCCCUUGGAAUGGGUAUUGCGGCAAUCGGUGUUGGAGCCUUCGCUAAUCUGAUGGUAGAUCGAUUUGCCCUCGGACUCGCUUCACCUACUUUCGUAGCAGCUGCAAUUGCAGCGUUAUGCGUUUUCCUGGUAUUGAACGGAUGGGUGGAGAAUGUAGGCACUCAACCGGCCCAGCUUUCAAAAGCUCUGGUGAAUGCAUGUCAAGCUUUGACAGAUAGGAGAAUUUUGUUGCUAGGAUGGAUCCAAGCAACCUUCGAUAUCAGUUUGGCUGCUUUCCAGUUUCUUUGGACACCUACCUUGGUGGCUGAUGGUCGAGAUAUUCACAGCGGAAUGAUCUACGCUUACUUGAUGGCGUCUCUUAUGCUCGGUAGUGCCAUUGCAGCUAUGCUUCUCUGCGGACCUUUCAAUCUAAGACCUGAAAGUUUUCUACCUCUGAUUUUUGUUGCUGCAAGCUUAGCGCUCCUUGUGCCUGCUUAUGAUCAUCAGGAAAUUGGUGUAUUGGUCACAGCCUUCUGUGUCUACCAUAUUUGUGUUGGAAUCUCCUUGCCAUCUCUGGCGUAUCUAAGAAGCAUAUACAUCCAGAAUGACAGGCGUGCAGGGGUGCUGAGUCUUUACCAUAUACCAGUACACAUGGGAAUGCUGUUCAUUCUGAUACAGGGUGGGAUAUUGAAGAACAUUGAGAAUAGCACAGUAUUCUACCUUUGUAUUCUUGGGCUUCUCUCUGGUUCUUUUGCUUUGCAUUCGUUGGAUAAGUAUCGGCAGUUGACGAACAUAGCUGGUGCAGCUGGAGACCAGUCAACGUCAGAACUGCAUCGACGUCAUUGAGUAACAUUCUUCACAAACUAAAUCUGUCUUAGGGGAGGAGGUAGGUGGUGAGCAUUUGAGAAGGAUGGACACUCCGGAAGGCUCUUUAGCCUUCAAUUCAAUAGGAGGGAAUAAAAUCUGAAGUUUUUCCGAAGGGUGGAACGAUAUUCUAUUGCAUCUUUGGAUGGUGAAGCCAUGCGUGAGAAAGACAAAGCGCACGUUAAGAACUUUUCCUUUGGUACUCAUGAAAAUACCUUCGAAAAUGGAAAGCUACUCACGCCGAGGUGAAAAACAAAGCAUGUGGCUAGUGACCAAUCCUGGUGUGAUGGAACAGCUGGGUGUAAGGAUUAGGUUGAUCCUUCUUUCGGAUUCCCCUUGAAGAUCUUCUAAGUUUAUGGCUCUUCCAUUUCAUUAAGCCCUUUGUUGUGCGAGUGCAACUCCGAACUGUGAUUGAAUGUGUCUUGAGCAUUGAUCUUGAGCUAAACUUAAGUUUUGAUGAAUUUGGAGGUUCAUCGUGUUCAGACC